AUGGUUUUGAUGUUGUACAAGUGUCAGGCAGGAGUUACCAACCUCCACCCUCUAAUCUUAAUACCUGGGAAUGACAGGAACCAGCUGGAAGCCCGGUUAACCACCGACUACAAGCCCUCCGGUUUGUUAUGCAACCGUUGGUACCCGUUUCAGAAGAAGAAGGACGGCUGGUUCAGGCUGUGGUUCGACCCGAUCGUCCUCAUCGCUCCGUUCACCAGCUGUUUUGCUCAGCUAAUGACGCUUUAUUACGACGCAGUUUCAGAUGAUUACCACAAUGCCCCUGGGUCCAGACUUGGGUCCCUCACUUUGGUUCCACCGUGUCACUUCUCUACCUUGAUCCCUGUCUCAAAGACUGACAGCUAUGGUGUCACCACUGGGUCCCGUGCUCCCUACCAGCUCCGAAGCUGCCACCGUUGA